AUACUUCAUUAAACUAUCUGUGCAAUGGCUACAAUAAUGUAUUUGUCUCAUGAGGUGAUUAGUAUCAUCUUAUGUCAAGAGAGCAUCAGCAUUAAAGAUAUUGUGAGUUUCGCUCUCACAUGCAAGAGGUUUAACAACAUAAUCAAUGACAAUAUGCUUUGGCGAAAGAAAUUUUAUCAGAGAUGGCCUUAUUUAAGAGAUGAAUAUGAUGAACUACUGUGCAAAGAAAAUACAAAUUUUCUUGAACAAGUGAAAGCAGGUCUAAUAAAAUCUAAGAAAGAAAUAUGGUAUGACUUGUUGCGGCUCUCUAAAGAUCCCUAUAAAAUUGGUGUUUUAUGUCAUGAUAAUAAUAAUGAUGAUGAUGAUGAUGAUGAUGAUGAUAAUGAUGAUGAUGAUGAUGAUGAUGAUGAUGAUGACGACGACCUAAACCCUUUGCAUUCACUGUUUGAUCCAGAUAAACACGAAUAUUUAAAGCAUUUUUAUUUCUUUCAAAAUGAGUUGAUAAGGUUGCUUGCACAAUCUUCAAUGGAAUUCGAUAUGACACAAAGAUAUUAUUUAAAGGUGCUUCUUUUAUACCACCACCAUAAACUUUUAAGCAUCAAGUGGAACAAAUUCGUGAAUUAUCCGAAGCAACAACAAAUUUUAGAAGAAGCAGCCACUAUAUUAGCACAAUGCUAUCAACCCCAAAAGUAUGUGUCUUACAUGUAUGUGAGAACGUCAUUGGAUAACAUUGCACAGCAAGUAUUGGAAGACCUUAAAACCGAAUAUCCUGCACAUUCAAUAUUCUCAAUAUCAGCCGAGCAGUUUUCCUUUUGGAAAUACAAUAAUAUCGAUGACAAUCAUUGGAAUGGGAUAGAAGCAAGACAGAUUUUAGAGAGUCUAUCUAACGUUUUAGCUUAUAAAUUAAUUUUUAAUGGAUAUAAGAUAUCUAAUAAGGAAUGGUGUGAGAGCAGUUUUAUUCGAGAACAGUUUUUUAUAGAUUCCGCUUUAAAAAAUAAUUAUGGUACUGGACUACCUGUAGCAAUAACAUUUCACAGUGUGGCGAGAAGACUUGGUGUGCGCUGCGAUUUAGUACCUUCUUUUAACGGUUACUACUUAACCUGGAGAUCGAAUUAUCAUAUCACAAAUCGUACAGAUAAAGAAUAUUCUUUUAUUGACGUCACGCGAAGUUACUCCAGGUGGACUUCUAUGAUUAUUUGUUUUGCAAGCUCAGGAUUCCCGGUCUUAAGUUAUAUGACGUGGAGUAAACUGUUUGAGUUGGAAAAGCGAUGUCUCGACGAGAUGAUGACACAAAUAAGUAAUGAUUUUAAUGUAUCCGUGAGUACGGAUACUGGAGCAGUAACAAUCGAAAGUACAGGAAUGGAAAUCACGAAUAAAAGUAAAAUUAUAAUGAAACAGUCGUUUCAUGAAUUAAGGGACCUAACAAAUAAGAUACGAAGGCGAUUAAUGAUCUAGAUCGCAUAUAUGUACGAUAUCAGACAAAUUUAUUUACUUUUGUAGUGAUAAAUAUGUGUAAAUGUGCGUAUAACACACACACACACGCGUAAAUUUAU